UCUUUAGUACAACAUAUCCUGCUGCUGCAAUCAAAACUCAUUGCUUUUCUUGUCAGUAGCUCAUUGACCAUGCACGCGUUCAGUUUUGUUCUCAUCAUAGCGCUCGCAAGCGCACAAAGUCACUCAAAGGGUGACGAGAACUGUGAAACUAUGCCAUCAGAAAUACAUCUUAUUAAAGAGGAGUUUGACGAAUUGGGUCGCCUACAACGCACAUGUAAUGGUGAAGUCGGUGUAAACAAAUGUGAAGGGCUAUGCAACAGUCAAGUGCAGCCAUCAGUUAUCACACCCACUGGUUUCCUUAAAGAAUGCUACUGCUGCCGCGAGAGUUAUCUUAGGGAGCGGCCAGUGACCCUCACACACUGUUACGAUCCGGAUGGAGCCCGUCUCAUUACUCCUGAAAUGGCCACAAUGGAAAUACGACUCAAAGAACCCGCCGACUGCCGUUGUUUUAAAUGCGGUGACUUUUCACGCUAA